AGCUUUAAUAGCCUGGGCUUCUGGGCGACGCUGUUCUGGCUGGCUACGAUAGUGGGGCUCGCGCACGCUUGCGGCUGUGCCUGACCGGCUCUCCAUCAAUCGGACGCUUGACCUAGACAGCCCGUCUGCAGCCGCGCGGCCCGAGUUGCGCAUGAGCGACAGCACCCUAUCAGUGACGCCACCCUCGGACCCUGCCAGAGUCAGAGUCGUAGCGGGAUGAUGGAUAUCGAUGAGGGCAGGGCUGACCGGGGCAGGCGCAGGAGUCCUGGCCCGGGACACGGCGGCCGGUCGGCCACCAGCCCCGGCGCACACGGCACGGUCGCCUGCACCCGCGGCAACAUGCGCUACCUGUUCUGCACUGUCGACGAACUGGUGAAGCUGGUGGAGGUGCAGCGCCUGCUCAAUGCUCACAACCAGGACAAGGGCGAGGCCAUGAGCGUGGUGAAGAAUGUGCUGGUCAGGUUCAACUGCCGCGGCUACCACCUGGGCAGCGUGGUGCGGUACAUGGUGGAGGAGGGUCAGGACCAGGUGCUGGUGCAGUCGGGGCAUACCGGCAACGACGCGCCGCCCUUCCUGCGCAUCCCAGUCUUCUCCGUCUCCAGCCACAACCCGCUGGUGGAGCCCGAGUGGCAGCAGCACGGCCAGGGCGAGCUGGCGGCGCUGCGGGAGUACCAGCGCCUGCACAACCGCAGCCUGCCGCCCGAGCAGGCGGCCGAGGCUGCGUGGCGGCGCCAGGCAUCCAUCGACUGGUUCCAGCGGUACCGCGAGGAGCACGACAUGGCGCCCUACCUGCCCCGCCUCCUCACUGAGCUGCAGGACCAUUCAGAGGUGCAGCGCAUAGCUCGCAGGUUCCAGGUGGACCAAGGGCCGCGCCGCGAGUCGCCUCCCCCUCAGCGCCAGCUCCGCGACUCCCCGCCACCCCAGCGGCAGCGCCGCGAGUCGCCGCCGCCCCCGCGGCGUCAGCGGCGGGACGAGGUGUCGCCACGCCAGCAGCAGCGGGGCCAGAGGCCAGUAGUGUCGCCGCGCAAGCAGGAGCGCCAGCGGCAGCAGGACGAGCGAGGCGCGCAAGGCGCGGCAUCUCCGCGGCCUGCUGGCGGCAGCGGCAAGCUGCCUGGCCCACGCUUCGAUGCUGCUGCCGUGCCAGGCUCGCCAGCUGUUGCAUCGGGUGCAGCAGCUGGCAGCCGUCAGGUGCCUCCCCAGCAGCAUGGCGAGCAUAUGCUUGCCCCAUCCUUCAUCUCCCUUUCUGCUGACCCUAUUCCUCAAGUGGUGCCGGCAGAUGCCAUGGUGCCGCAGGAUGGCCAGCAGGCAGCAGUAGCCAUGCCAGGCCAGCAACGGCAGCAGCAGCAGCAGCAGCAGGGCCGGCGCUCGGCAGCUGCAGAGCUGCGUGACACACGGGAGACUGCCAGGGUCGCACCGCGCGAGAGCACCGACCGUCCCUCCAGCAGGCAGCGGGCUGCGGCCAUCAAUGCGUCAGCGCGCAUGCAGUCAGAGCCAGAGGCAGCAAACCGCCACUUGGCGGCGCCUGGCGGCGGGGCCGGCGACCAGCCGGCUGCAACAGCGGGGGCCAAGCGCAAGCGUGCGCCCAUUCAGUGGCAGCCCCAGGAGGCGCAGCCUGGCGACGCGCCGCUGCAGCCUCCAGAGGUGCUUGCCGCCACUGCGGCCGCAGCAGCUGCAGCGGGGCCCAAGAGCAAGCACCAGAAGGUGGCUGCCGGGGAUGCCAAGGCGGAUGCCAAGGCCUCUAAGCAGGCCGCAGCCAAGCAGCCGCCAUCUGAGCCUCCCCAGAACAUCACCAUCACUGUGCGCAACAAGGCGCCGCCCGCCAGCAGGCCGCGCAAGGCGUCCCCACUGGAGGGCCGCGAAGAUGCGGAGCGGGGCCGCCGGGCCGCCCACGCGGCAGCCAGCCGUGAGGCGCCGGCAGCCGCCCGGCGGCCUGUGCGCCGCCCCACUCCUGCGCCCGAUGGCGCCGCCCUGCCCCCGGGCUUUGGCGGCCCCUCCAGGACCAGCAGCGGCACGCUGAGGGAAGCCGAGUACGGCGGCGACGACGGCGGCGGCGGCGGCAACGGCGGCGGCAGCUUCACAGUGCGCAUGCACCUGCCCGCCUCGGGCUCCCAUGCCACCUAUGCCGACCGGCUGCUGCUGGGGCCGGGCGGCGGCGGCGGUUCUGCGCCUGCAGCAGAAGACGCGUCGGCAGGCCCCCUGGAGGGCGGCCCCUCCACCCUGGCCGACCGCUUUGGUGAACUCACCGCGGCGCAGCAGCGCCUGCUGGCGGACGACGGCGGCGACGGGCUGGAGCGUGCGGCGGCGGCGGCCCCCGGGCAUCAUGUCUUCACCUUUACGGCGGGACCCGGCGCCCCGGCACCCCACGCGCCCGACCAGCAGCUGCUGCCGGUGUUCCCGCCGGCGGUGAUGGCGGCCGUGGCGGAGGGGGCCCACAGGUACGAGGGCGGCGCUGCGGUGGCGUCGCAUGCGGCGCUGCUGGCCUACGCCCAGCAGCUGGAGCAGGUGCGGAAGCUGGAGGCCCUGCAGCAGCAGCAGCUGCACCAGCAGCUGCACCAGCAGGACCAGCCGCAGGACCAGCAGCAGGACCAGCAGCAGCACCUGCUGUUCUCGCCGACCGCUGCAGCGCUGCAGCUGGUGGCAGGGUACGGCGGCGACGGCAUGGGGGGCCAGGCAGCGGGUGUGGCCCUGCUGGCGGAGGGCGAGUCGCCGCCGCCGCAGGGCCACCGGGUGAGCAGGGCAGAGGGCAGGGGCAGCGGCGGGGCGGGCAGCGGGCGGGUGGUGCAGCUGGAGGGCGGCGGCGGCGGCGGCGGCAGGGCAGCCAAGGGCAGCGGCAAGGGGGGCAAGAAGGGCGGCGGCGGCGGCGGCGGCGGCGGCGCGCCCACCCGCGCCUUCUGGGAGCCUCUGUGGUGCUGGGAGGACGAGGCGGUGGAGCUGCUGCUGCGCCAGCAGGACAAGGGGAUUGGUGUGGAGGAGCUGCAGGGCGCACACCCGCUGCCAGAGCCCUGGGACCAGUCGCCAGGCGCCUUCUACGCGUAUGUCGCGCGCCGCAAGCAGCUGUUUGCGGUCAAGUCGGGUCGGGCAGAGGCCGACCUCCCCCGCUUUGUGGGCAAGUUCAUGGGAGAGGUGGUGGCGGUGGCGCAGGCGGGGCAGGCGCUCCUGCUGGAGCUGCGACCCUUCCCUGUGGAGGGCGGCGGCAGGGAGCGGCGCAAGGCGCCGACGUUCAGGGGCCACUGCAAGGCCUUCUUCAGGCACAAGGGCGGCUGCAAGUACGGCGACGCCUGCUACCACUCCCACGCCGGCGAGCGGCAGUGGGGGGACUAG